UUCAGGGAUGAGAGGCAGACAUGGAUGUGAGCGGAUGCUUUCUGAAACAGGUGGCUUUUCCGGUUCCACGACAGCUGCACUGUCAGGGCCCAACCAGCUCAGGAAUGUUGCAGUGUGACUGGGUGUGUUGAGAGAAACCCGGAGAGGAGGGACAAAGAUACGCAGUCAUAAAUCCAGUGAUUACAGUUCAGCCACCGACAGUGCCCACAGUCCUGCCUUUUACAGCGCUCAUCGAUCCUGACGUCUGGCUGACCUCAGCUUUUGGACCUGCUUUCGUCCACAACUUUCCGUUCCAAAACAUGGAUUUGCUCCUGGAUUACGGAUAGUUAGGACAACAAUCUCUGUAUCAGCUUCCUCCAGAUCAAGUCAAUAUUUCCAAAGUGAAACGGGGACAGGAGUCUUGUCAUGUCUGUGAUAGCUUUAUUCCGGAGCAAGUGGGGACAGAAAGCACAGGAAGCCCCGAACAAGCAGCGGGUGACAGAGGUGGUCCAGAACAGUCGCAAUGUAGAUGAUGAAGAUGAAGACUCUGCUACCGGAUUCAGCCGAGAGCCCAUCCGCAGGAACUCGCGCUUCUACCGCUCCAUGAGGAAGAAGAAGACGGCAGGCAACACCGAGCAGACUGACAGUUCUGGAGUGGAGCACAGAGCAGAAACCUCCUCUAACCAGAGAGCCUCACUGCUGUCAGUGGAUCGACAAGCCAGCCCGCAGCAUUCGCCGCGGCUUCAUCAUCUCAGAGCUCCGUUGCCAAGCAAUGGUGAGACAAGAAGCAGGCAAGCUUCAAGCAACAGGGAUGCUGUGGGCAGAACAGGAGGGGUGGGAGGAGAGACGAGGGUGGACAAGUCAGCUGCCUCCAUCAGCCAGCGAGACUUCACAACAGACCUGCCUUCUUAUCGGACGCACAACUUCCACAGCCCAGCAUCUGAUAAACUACCUGAGCAGAGAACUUCAGCCUUCACCGUCCAGAAGAUUGAGCAUAAAAUGGACUUGCAACAGCCGUCCUCAAAUGAAGCAGACCACCACAACCACAACCACAGGUUGCUGAGGAAUGGAGAGAGCCCUCAGACAGCGCUCCAUGGUCUCAACAUCAUCAAAAGUGUUGCUUUCCUGUACCAGGAAUACAGAGACACAUCCAAGCAGCAGGAGAUUGAGCAACGACGGCAGCAAGAGAAUCUGUAUCCGGGGUCUAAAGGGGAGACGGAGGCGGAAGCAAGUGCCGGCACAUCCCAGCCGACACUGCAGCUCCAGCUGAGGAACAACACCCACUCACUGAGCUUGUGGCAGAACUUGGAAGCUGUGCAGAGCAGCGGCCUGCUCAGCCGUCUGUCACAAAAUGAAAUCAGAAUGCAAGAGGCAAUGUUUGAGCUAGUUACCUCGGAAGCUUCAUACUACAAAAGUUUGGAAAUCCUAGAGACACACUUCCUGCGUAACCCCCGCCUGAUUAACACCCUCAGCCAGUCUGACACGCAUUUCCUGUUCUCAAACAUUGAGGAAGUAAUGGAAGCCAGUGAAAGGUUCCUGAUGGAUUUGGAGCACCGCAUUGAGGAGGCAAUUCUGAUUUCGGAUGUGUGUGACAUUGUUUUUCACCACGCAGAAAAGCACUUCAAAGUCUUCAUCACCUAUGUCAUCAACCAGGUGUACCAGGAGAAGACCUACAGGCGCAUUUUAGAGGAAAAUCAGGCUUUUCGGGAGACCAUGGCUGAAUUGGAAAAACAUUCUUGUGUUAGGGGUCUGUCUUUUACCUCCUUCCUCAUCCUCCCUUUUCAAAGAAUCACACGACUGAAGCUCCUUGUGCAGAACAUCCUGAAGACAGCAGAGGAACACUCAGAGAGGGAGACAAAUGCCAUCAAAGCCCAUCAACAGCUGGAGCAGAUUGUGCAGGAGUGUAACGAGGGCGUGCGAAAAAUGAGUCGCACAGAGGAACUGAUCAGCAUCGAGAAAACCCUGGAGUUUAAAACCAAGUCUGUGCCCAUCAUCUCACACUCGCGCUGGCUGCUCAAAAAGGGUGAAGUGCAGCUCAUGUGUGGACCAAAGAGCACCAAGACCAUGAGGAGCAGAAAGCUCCACCAGCCCAUCUGCCUGUUCCUUUUCAACAACCUGCUGCUGAUCACCAAGCGCAGUGGGGACAAGUUCCAGGUUCUUGACUCAUGUACACGGGCCAUGCUGAGGACUGAAGAUCUGGAAGACCAGGGUCAACAGCUGGCCUUUGUCUUCAACCUGAAGAUGCUGGAGAACCAGGAGGACCGGACUGUCACCUACAUGAUCAAGACCUCCAGCAUGAGCGAUAAGCUGCGAUGGAUCUGCGCACUUACCCCUAACAGGCGCACACGCUUCACGUCUGCAGGUCCUCAGCAUGCAGACUCUCCACAGGUCCAGUGUAUUCAGUCAUACACCGCUCAAGAGUCGGAUGAGAUCUCCAUUGAGAUGGCGGAUGUUUUAAACCUUCUCGAGAGAACCAAAGAUGGCUGGAUGAUGGGUGAAAGACUCCACGAUGGAGAAAAAGGCUGGUUCCCCAGUCGAGUUGUCGAGGAGAUACACAGCAAAGAGGUGCGAGCUCAGAACCUGAGGGAGGCUUAUAGAGUCCAGCAGGCCCAUGAUAGCGGAGGAGGCCCUCAGGUGGGGACCAAGAGCGGCAUAAGAGCAGGAAGACGAGUGGGAAAGAACCCGGACUUCUCUAGCCGCUGGAGUGUAAAUGCUGGGGACAGCAAUGAAGGAACACAGUGAAUGACAGUCACCUUAAGAAGCACUAAGAGAAGCAUCAAAUGGACUCAUGUCACCUCCCUCCCUCCGUGACAUCCUUAUUCUCUGCACUGAAGGGUUAAAACCCUCAUUUUGUGUGCACCUUCUCACACAGACCUGUGAAUGUUUGUACAGAACUAUUUGUGUGCAUGCAGUCUGUUGUGUAACCCUGAACCCUACAGGCAUGGAGGAUUGUGUUGUUGAAACACCUGACAACUAUGGAGGACUGUCAGACCACAGAUCCAUCCACAUCCUGUAGCACACCACAAGAGGACGCACAACACUCAUAAACUGAUGCACAACGCCAAUAAACUGAUGCAUAAUGUUCAGAGAGACACAAACUGAGGCACAUCGCUCACAAACUGAUGCAUAAUGUUCACAGAGUUGCACAGUACUCAGAGGAGCAGCUGCUUAACAGCAGCACUGUGAAAGUUAAAGAAAUCAUUGUGUAAUGAAGGACAAAACUAAAAAUUUUCUUUUGCUCUGUAAAGAAUUCAAUUUUAUUACUCGGGCCUCUGCUCUGCUUUUGGUUCUGACCCAGAUUUGGUAAUAAAGAAUCAAGCUGCUUCUGCAGCUGAAAGCAGAGACGAAGACUGUGAUGAAGAUACAUGACGAAACAGAGCAGUUUAUUUUCCUGCCUCCUUUUGAGUGUGAGCAUGUGACUGCUCUGAAAUCCAUCCUUCAAUGAGUAGAACCAGAGAUGGAGAAUGCCCACGACAGCAGCCAGUUUGCUCAAUUUGCAGAUCUUUUCAUGCUACAGCAGAUCAUCAGAUCAGCUCAUUGAAGCAUUUUUUCUUUAAGCUUCCUGGAAGAUUUUCCACAGUUUUCUUCAGCAAUGCAGCUUCUUCUUUUUUUAAGAAUAAAAGUAAAGGCUGGAACAGGAUCUGUGCACACCCAUCAAGGUUGUUCACAAGUCAAGCAGAGAGGCGGAGUCAGUGACAGUUUUUGUGAGGUACAUGCAAUAAACCCACAAGCUGUAAAAUGAUUGAAACACGACUUCAUCACAUGAGGCGCUGCUCUCCUCACUCCUGGAAGACUCUGAGCUUUAGAUCCAGUGUUUGGACAUUUUUUCAGACUAAAACGAUGUGAAGCAGUUUGGCCGUCAAUCUUCUGUCUGUGGACUGAGGUUUUGUGGGGGUUUUCCCUGUGCUGACAUGCCGAGCUUUUGUAAAAAACAGUGAAAAAAGAGACACAGAGCACCUCGGCCCCAUCAUUCAGACAGGAACCAGUGCAGCCGAAGUUCGUUCUGACAAAAAAGGUUGACCUGAGCAGGAACAUGAUAUUUAAGCUAAAUGUUAAGUUGGCUGAAAAGACUAGUGAUUUUGAAAUUUGCUGAAACACUUGGCACUGCAAUUUUGUAAGGACUAAAUGCUAAAUUGGCUAAAAAAAACUGGAAUUUGGAUGGGGAUUUGUUAAUGUAAAAGCUUGUCUGAUCAAAACAAUAAUGUUUCUGUUUGGACAAAUAUUUGGUGGGAAAAUUAGACUAAAGAGUCAUCCUUCUCCUUGCUCCAUAUGGAGUUCAAACCUAAAAACCUUUAUAUUAUUCUUUUAUUCCCUUUUGCUUUUCAUGAAAAACAGAAAAUUUGACCUUAUUAGAAUGAUCUGAAAUGAAAGUAACUAUCCCAAUUAUAAAUAUGUAUGUUGUUUUUUUGCCUUUUGUGUAGCGCUUAGGGACAACCUUGCAUGUGAACUGGCGCUUUAUAAAUAAAAUGAAUUGAAAAGAGCUAAACGGUUUAGAACUUACACACUAGCUGAGAUUCAUUUAAAACAUUUCAUAUAAAAACAUUCCUGCAGUCAAAAA